AUGGACUAAAAUACUACCUACGAAUUUCUUAAGAAAAAAUAAGAUCAAACAGAUUUUUAUUACAAAGAUGUCGAUCAUUAAUUCAAAGAAUAUAGAAAGACUGAUCAAAUGAUGACUCUAUUUUUGGAGUCUUCCCCAAGUGAAAUAAUUACAGUUAAAGUAGUUGUAGAAUCUAAUUCCCCUUUUGAAAAAAUUGUGAGAGCUCUUUAAGAUCUUUCUUACUUUAAGUAAAUAACUCCAGAUCUUGAGCAAUGGGUUAUCAUAGAUAGAAAUGUAAAUUAUGAGAUUCACCACUGUUAAACUAAGGCUAAAACAGAUAUGAUUUUUGGAGAGAUAAAGUAAAUCAGUUAGAACCUAGCAUAUUUCACUAGUGCAUCAGUGGAUCAUCCUUCUAUCGUAAUAGAUAAAGACAGAACUCUCACUAAUUAUAUGUUAAACUCAACAGUUGUAGAAAAGACAAAUAAUAAUCAAUCAAAAGUCACAUUUAUUCUUUGUUAAAAUAUCGCUAGAUUCGAUGUACAAACUAAUAACAAGAUAUUACUUGAAUCAGUUCCACCUUACUUAGAAUAGCUUACAAAGGCUUUUGAAAAAUAUCCUUAUUGA